AUCCAACUGCGGGCAAAGCACGAGCCUGGCCUGUACACCAUGACUUCUACUCAUUGUGAUUCUCUCCUCAGUGGACAGGUUUCAGAGCCCACGGCUGCCUCCCUGUGCCUCUCCGCCACCCUGGCACAUGCCAACCAGGUGCGUGUGGGGGCAACGCCUCUGGGCCGACCCAGCCUCUGUGUGCCCUACAGCUGUCAAACCGCUUGCCCCUUGCCAGGGACCCGCGACAUUCCCGGCAACAUCGGAGUGUGUGAGAACUAUGGGGAAGGCGCCCCGAUUGGCCACGAGAAGGUGACCAUGCAGUUCCUGAACGACCGCCUGGCCAACUACCUGGAGAAGGUGCGUCAGCUGGAGCGGGAGAACGCGGAGCUGGAGACCAAGAUCCGAGAGUCGAGCAAAUGCCACGAGUCCAGGGUGUGUCCAGACUACCAGUCCUACUUCCGGACCAUCGAGGAGCUCCAGCAGAAGAUCCUGUGCAUCAAAUCUGAGAACAACAGGCUGGUUGUGCAAAUAGACAACGCCAAGCUGGCUGCAGAUGACUUCAGGACCAAGUACCAGACGGAGCACUCCCUCCGCCAGCUGGGGGAGGCCGACGUCUGCGGCCUGCGCAGGGCCCUGGACGACCUCACACUCGCCAAGUGUGACCUGGAGGCGCAGCUGGAGUCCCUGAAGGAGGAGCUGCUCUGCCUGAAGAAGAACCACGAGCAGGAAGUCCACAUCCUGAGGGGCCAGCUGGGGGACAAGCUCCAGAUUAAGCUGGACGCGGAGCCCACCGUGGACCUGAGCAGGGUGCUGGACGAGAUGCGGUGCCACUACGAGGCCAUGAUGCAGACCGGCCACAACGACGUGGAGCAGUGGUUCCAAGAUCAGUCCGAGAGCAUCAGCAAGCAGGACAUGUCCUGCUCCAAGGAGCUGCAGUGCUGCCAGUCGGAGAUCCUGGAGCUGAGGCGCACGGUGAACGCCCUGGAGGUGGAGCUUCAGGCCCAGCACACGCUGAAGGACUCUCUGCAGAACUCCCUGUGUGAGUCGGAUGCACGCUUCGGCACCGAGCUGGCCCAGAUGCAGAUCCUGAUCCGCGACGUGGAGGAGCAGCUGUCUGAGAUCCGGGCUGACCUGGAGCGGCAGAACCAGGAGUACCAGGUGCUGCUGGACGUCAAGGCCCGGCUGGAGGGCGAGAUCAACACGUACCGGAAACUUCUGGAGAGCGAGGAUCGCAAGCUGCCUUGCAACCCUUGUGCAACCCCGGCCUCCAGGACGCCCUGCCCGGCCCCUGUGGCCUCUGGGCCCUGCUCUCCCUGCCUUUCCGGGCCUCCUCCUCCUCGGGCCUCCUGUGCCUCCCGCUCAUCGUCUCGAUGCUGACGUUCCCCUCAGCUUGAGGGAUCGGGGGAUGGGGAAUGUCUGCAGCCCCGCCGGCCCCCUUCUGCGGGCCUGCCCCCUCCCCCAGCCCCUACCCUCCCGGGUCUUGCCCCCUCAGCCUGGCCCGGCUGCAGACUGAUGACGCCAGGCAGUGCGUCUCUGCUGAUGGGCUGUCCGGUCCAGGGCUGUCCGGUCCAGCGGCUCAGCCCUCGCCCCUGGAUUUGUGCUUCCUCUCUCCUCUCUUCUGUGGCCUCACAGUCUGAGAUGUGGUAGGGAAACUUUUUGCUAAUAAACUUCAGUUCCGCAGCAUGAA